AACAGAUUUAAGACAUUGAAAAUAAUCUUGAAAAGAAAAACACACAAUUUGAAUGAUGGCAGUACGGAACGAACUCCAAAUUCCUUUGGUGAAACUGGGCAAUCAAGGCCUUGAGGUCUCAAAGUUAGGGUUUGGAUGUAUGACCCUGAGUGGAUUGUACAAUUCCCCACUCCCUGAGGAGGAUGGAAUAGCAGUAAUAAAGUAUGCUUUCAGUAAGGGAAUCACUUUCUUUGAUACAUCAGACAUUUAUGGACCCCAUACUAAUGAAAUUCUUCUUGAAAAGGCCUUGAAGCAGUUGCCAAGAGAGAAAAUUCAAAUAGCCACCAAAUUUGGUAUCAAAAAAAUUGGAUUUCCUCAGAUGGAAGUGAAUGGUAGCCCUGAGUAUGUUCGCUCAUCCUGCGAGGCUAGCUUGAAGCGUCUUGAUGUGCAAUACAUUGAUCUGUAUUAUCAGCAUCGGGUAGACACAAAUGUACCUAUAGAAGAAACUGUUGGUGAACUUAAGAAAUUGGUAGAAGAGGGAAAGGUCAAGUACAUUGGUCUAUCUGGUGCUAGCCCAGACACAAUAAGGAGGGCACAUGCUGUGCAUCCCAUCACAGCUUUACAAAUGGAGUGGUCUCUCUGGAGUCGUGAGAUUGAAGAUGAGAUAAUUCCACUUUGCAGGGAGCUUGGCAUUGGAAUAGUUCCAUACAGUCCUCUUGGUCGUGGUUUUUUAGCUGGCAAAGGAGUUGUGGAAAACUUGGCUCCAAAUAGCAUAUUGGACAAGCACCCUCGGUUCCAGGGAGAAAAUUUGGACAAGAACAAGGCCAUUUUUAGUCGAAUAGAAGGACUUGCAAGAAAGUACCAAUGCACUCCUGCUCAACUUGCACUUGCUUGGGUUCUCCAACAAGGAGAUGACAUUGUGCCCAUACCUGGGACUACUAAGAUCAAGAACCUGGAGAAUAAUGUUGGCUCUUUGAAGUUGAAACUUACGGAAGAAGAGCUCAAAGAGAUAUCUGAUGCUGUACCAAAGGAAGAGGUAGCUGGCAGUAUAAGCUUUCAAAACAUGGAUCAUUUUCACUGGAAGUUUGCCAACACUCCUCCAAAAAAUUAAUUCUCUACUUACACAUGGAUGAUGUCCAUUCCACUUAAAUAAUGCUAUGUUUUGGUGAAAUGAACGGCCAGAUUUAUAUUAAAUAACUAGCUAUGUCAUUCACACUGCAAAACUAGCAACAUUAUUAUGUAAACCUUUUUGAGAAUGGCACCAAUGUGCUUUGGCAGUUUGUUCUGUUAGGAUUAGUGCCUUUAAAUCCUAUU